AAAUUGAUUAAAGUUAACAUUUCAAAGCUGUUAACAAUGUUAAUAAAUGAGCUUCCAGAUGAUUGUUUGCUGACUAUUUUUGAUUACAUACAAGAUUUACGAGAUUUAAUAAACUGCUUCAAAGUCUCCAAAAAUUGGCGUAUUAAAAUUGUUGAGCGGACUAAAAAACUUCAAUAUUUGAUUGAUCAACCAAAUUAUUCAUCUGAUUAUGUUUAUCUGCACCUUAAGGAACCAAUUGAUGUAAAAUGUUUGAGCAAAUUGUUUCCAAAUUUAAGGAUUGCCGAAUUUUCAUAUCAACUUAAUGGAGGGGCACCAAUCGAAGAUAUGGUUAGACUAAUCAUAAAUUCAAACUCUUUGAAAGGAAUAAUCUUCGAUUGUGAUAAUCAUCUGGAAUUCGGAUUGGUACCAGAAAACGCUAACCUCGAAAUGUUAUCUACCGGAUAUAUUUAUCCAAAGAUGAGUGGGAUCUAUGAAAAUGUGAAGCAAUUGCACCUUUGGAACUAUAAUCUAGGUCUAUUCGAAUCCGUCGCACAUUGUUUUCCAAAUCUUGAAAGACUUCAAAUUUAUGCAACAGAAGACUUAUCAGAACAAUACUCUGAUGCUCCAGUAUUGGCAAAUCUUAAAAUACUUGAAAUGGGUUUGCCUCUUAAUGAUUGGGCAAACAUUUGCUGCUCAUUUAAAUUCAUGGAUGCGUACCCAGCAUUACAGAGUGCUUAUAUCAAAAUUGAUUCAAGAACCAUCACCUUCAAUCAUUUGAUAACACGUGAUAACUUACGAGAUUUAGUUAUACAAUUUUAUCAACCAAUCGAAUGGAAUGAACUAUCAAGAUGCAUGUUGAAAUAUCCAAAUCUAAAGCAUUUGGCAUUGCGAGGUACUUCUUUAAAAGAUGAGCACAUCAUGCAAUUGAUAUUAAUUUUGCCAAAACUAACAAUACUUGAUAUUCGUAAAUCUUAUGGAGUCUCCCAAGAAGCUGAUAAUUAUGUUCGGGAUUAUUGUGAGCAGUAUGGCCGUUCAAUCAAGUUUUAUUUCAAACCAUUCGACGAACGAAUUAAAUCUGAUCGGCCGCAGCUAUUGAAUCGACCAGAAAAAAUUUGUCGGGGAUUUGAUUUCAUGGAACACUGUUUUUUCAAAAGUUUUUAUGAGUUGCCUCAUUUUUUGGAUCCAAUAGAUGAUUAAAAAUGAAAAAUAAAAAAUUGUUUAAGGUAAUGUAGCAAUUUAAGCUCUGAUGAUUCCGAAAUGUAUUUCAUGCAAGAAAAAAACUCAAUGUUUAUUGGAAUCUCUAACGAAGUUUUUUUCGGUUCCUUAAUGGUUAGGCUAAUUGAGAACCCGUUAGCACACUUUUUAAUCUUCCAAGUCUCAACUAGCUAGUUUGAUCCUCAUUGAACUUUCAUCGAAGCCAACUAUGACUUUGAAGAUGAAAAAGCGAGCUGACAGGUUUUCG